UCCCACUCUGGCUGGACAUACUGAAGAGAGGAACCUCUCCUGGACGCUUCCCCUGGAGGACCAUCUGGACUGAAAGAGACAGGGAGACUCGGGCUGAACUUCAGCUGAAGAUAUACAAGUUUUACUGAGAGACUUCUUCCUCGUUUAAUAUCUGAAAAUGAGAAUCUUCAACCUCAUGUACCUGCUCCUCCUGCUGCUGGCUGCGGUCACCUCCAUCUCCUCGGCCAGGCCAGGUACCCCUCCAGAUUUUCUGAACCUGAGGAGGAAGUACCACAGACAUCACUGCCCACACCGGCGCUGCCUGCCGCUCCACUCCAGAGUUCCUUUCCCCUGAGGUGAAAGGCUUAAAAAAAACCAAGGAUGACAACUGGUGAUGCAAGAGGCGUGAGGCCAGGACAUCACAGAUCCAAACCUGAGUGGGAGAUGAAGACUGUGUUCAGGACCCACCACUCGAACCUCAGAGAGGCACCACUGUUGGGUACCUUUUAAAAACAGAGUCGCCAAGAAAACCCACCAUCUGAGGAGGAAUGGCGGCACAUCGUUAAAGCCUGUAGACAAACGCCGAGAUGUUACUGAGGCGGUUGUUUGCUGUCAACAGAGUUGGUGUUUGUCCAGUUGCACAAUGCCAACACUUGUUGACUGGCAGCCGAAAUCUUACUUGAAGGCUACGGACCAAAGAUCUGGAGGAGUUUCCGGAGCAGAGCUAUAUUCCUAUAAAGUGUUUAUAUUGUAUGUAUGCACUUCAGAU